CGUCGGUUCCAUGACGCGGGACCUCCAAAGCAACAGUUCCUGCCACACGACUUCUUUAAUAUCAUCGGCAGCGAAAACCACGGGCACCCAGCUGGCAUUACAGCGGCCCAUGGACCACCACAUUCGAUCUCCGCAAUGACCUCGCUCAAGACGGGUCCGUCAACGCCCGGUCUACACCUCAUCUACAUCCCCGCAGUCUGCGCCCUCAUCGCCUUUCAAGCCUACUACUCACAAUACCUCUUCAGCAGCGACCCCGACCUAGCCCCCGGGCCCCUCACUGGAAGAGAUUCUCUCACCUUCAACACCCUCGUCGCCUGCCUCUGGUGGACCUACUACCGCGCCUGCACCGUCGAUCCCGGCCGCUACAUCUUCCCGCCGUCCCCCACCUCGUCACCCCCCGAUCCCAUCGCUUCUUCCAACACCCUCAAACCGACCCGCUGGUGCAAAAAAUGCGCCGCUCCAAAGCCCCUCCGUGCCCACCACUGCCGCCACUGCCGCCGGUGCAUCCCCAAGAUGGACCACCACUGCCCGUGGACCGGCAACUGCGUCUCAAUGCAGACCUUCCCUCACUUCCUGCGCUUCCUGCUCUACACCAAUUUUUCGCUGUGGUACCUGGCUUCCCUGCUGUGGCAACGUGUCGCCGCCAUCUGGGCCGACCGCCACCUGCCGGCCUACCUCGGCCCGUCGCUGCACAGCCUGGUCGGCCUGACGCUGCUUUCGCUGGCCAACGGCGCGACCAUCCUCGCGCUGGGGAUCCUGCUGUACACGACCGUCAAGGGGUGGGUCUUCAACAGUACCAUGAUUGAGGACUGGGAGGUGGAGCGGCACGAGGCGGUGCUGGCCAGGAUGGACAGUGAGGACGGGUAUUUUUGGGGCGACGACGACGCCACGUUGCGGGAGCUGCUCGAGAAAAUUGAGUUUCCCUAUGAUUUGGGCGUGUUUGCGAAUAUGGCCCAGGCGAUGGGGACGAGGAACCCUCUGCGGUGGUUCCUCCCCGUCUUUGGAGGCGGGCCUGUCAUCAAUAAUGAGACGCCUGGGAAGGGCACUGGGUGGGAGUGGGAAGAGAACGGUUUCAAUGACCUGCCGGGGCUGUGGCCGCCUCCUGACCCGGAGAAGGUGCGCCAGGCAAGGCGCGGCGCGUGGCCCGGGGCGGCGGGACAACAGGAAGAUAGAUACGAUACAUAUCAGACCCCGGAGGAAGUCAAGGCCGCUUUUGCGAAACGCCAAGAGGAGGAUUUUUUAAGGAGACAGCGUGCUCAAGCACAACAGGCUCAUCAGCGGUCCGGCAUCGUCGCUGAGCUUGAAAAGUGGGAUGACCUGGGCGGGACCGAGGUCGCCAAGCCAUGGGCAAAUUCAGACGGCGACCGGCUGUGGGACUAUGGCGUGGACGAAGCCGUCGAAGAAGAAAUCAUACCUGCGCGAAAGGAUGACGAGGAUGUGCCUUUGGCCGAGCUGAUCCGGAGGCGUAAGGUACGAUCCAGGGGAGAGGAUGAUUGA